CAACGAAGGGCGACCAUGGAUGGAAUGCUUACUGCCGUCAAGACGACCAAGAUUCAGGUCGUUGAAUCUGUCGAAUCUCCGCCUGCAAAUGAGCCAAGAAGUGCCCCGCCAAAAGCCGUGGCUUCUCCAGACCAAUGCCUAACAUUGAUGCGGGACCAGCCGGACGUUCAAACUCUCGAGAACAUUUUGCAGUACUUAUGUGGAACGGUUGGGGAGACUGCUGGCUUCAACAUCAAAGUGCCUGGACCGCUGUCAGCACAAAUAAUCAAUACGCUUGUUAACACCAUAAUUCCUGACUACUGGGACUUUUGGGCGCAAUCCUCUGGGCAGGAUAGUGGUCGGCUAAAAAACGGGAAAGAGAGACUUCUCAAUUGUUUGCGGAGUAUUAGUGGGCUUGGUGCUCUUGUUACAAGGUUUAAAGCUCUCCUUGCAGAGGUUCAACAGGAACAACAACAGGCUUCAAAGUCUCACAAUGCUCCGCAGCACCUCAAGAACCUUGUUGAUGUCUUGCUUGAGCUACUAGAUUGCGACACUCACUUCUUGUCAGAACGAUGGGAAGAGAUCGGGAAAAUUAGGUCGUCCACUCAGCGUAACCUAUUGUGGCGAGAAGCCAUCUCGCUCACUGCAUCUGGCAGGCUGGUGUCAACUGUCGCACAGUCAGAAGACUUACUGAAAAGCUCGACCAUGCCUGUAUCAGGGACAUGGCUGGCGAAUGGACCCAGCUAUGCCAAAUGGUUAGGGAAAGGAGUCUUCCAGACUUCCUGCUGUCAACAGGACACUGAUGAGCCCAUUUCGGCUGCUGCUCUCUUAUUGGGCAAAUCAUUAAGUCUGGGAUACACUGAAAACGUUGUGGGGGAAGUUCUCUCGCAAUUCUUGACAGCGGGCUCGAAUUCAAUGCAAACUCUUUUAACGUUGCUGGUGAAACUCCGCGCCCAUGAGCAAAGGCAGUUUCUUUUAUCGACGUUGGACUUCAUCUCCAAGAAGUUCCUUAAUGUCAAUUCAUCGCAGACCGAGGACCUUCGAAACACCCCAGGGACCAUGACAGGUUGCAUUGCUUUCUUGGUACAGAUUGUAUCAGGCAGUGAUGUGUUGAAGGAAAGUUUGGUCAGCUGGCUUACUGGUAUCGCGGGUGCUACGGGUUCUCCGGCAUUGAGACGAGUUGCCAUAUCUGCCAUACAAAAUGAUGAAGCUAGAAUUGUCAAAGCCAUGGAAAGAAGCAUGGAACAGUUUGGUGACGAACUUUAUAUCAAACACGCUCCUAUUUUACAGCAGGAAGCAUUGACUCAAGUUCUGCUACUGUCUUGCGGUUAUGUCCACAGGUCACAGCCAAUGUUUCUUUUCACCGUUGCAAGGUCAAGUAUGCAAAUGAAAGGCACUUCCAACCGCAUCGGAGCUACCUCCCCACGGGCGCGCUUCCUCGGUAUGGUAACAGCAAUGGCAAUCUCUGGACUUAUCGACAAGCUUGAGAACAGAUUAAAAUUCGAGAUUAGCGAUGACGAGACGUUGGAAGCCAAAUGGUAUCAACAGUUGGUUCACGUGAAUGAUGGGCAAGGCUCUCUAGAUGACAUGCGGCGGUUAUCAGAGCUUUUAUCAGCCACUCUCCCAGAUGACAGAAGUCGAGUAUCAUCUCUUUCCAAGUCACAGAACAAGAAGCUGUCGCCAGGCGUGAUGGCAAAAGGUGGGAAGAAACCAAGCAAGGCACAAAACGCACCGAUCACUGGCCCUAGGGUUAUCGAAAUUCUGGAUGAAUCGGAUGACGAUGAUGACUUGGUGUCAUAUGCAAAACCUGACUCUGACCCUGAGGAUGAGUCUGAAGAUCCUACACUCAUACAACGGAACAAGCCAACAGCACCGGUUUACAUACGCGAUCUCAUAGCCGGCCUUCGUGACAACGAAAACUAUGACCGGCACCAGUUAGCCUUGUCUUCUGCAGCUGGUUUGAUCCGCCGUAAGGCGAAUUUCGGAAAAGAGGUUAUCGACCACAUCGAUGAGCUCGCUAGCGUCCUCCUAGGGUUGAACGACCAGUUUGAACUAGACAACUUCCAAGAGAUGCGUCAACAAGCUCUUAUAGUAUUGCUUUUAGUCCGGCCCGACCAGGUUGGCCCAUUGCUCAUUAGAGCUUUCUACGGCGGGGAUUACUCUCUCAGCCAGCGCAUUGCAAUUCUUACCAGUCUUGGCCUCGGCGCGCGAGAGAUGGCAGGUUUCAGAGAGGACUCCGAAGCGGAUGCAGAAACAUCAAGCAGCUCUUUCCCUUCCAAGAAACUGCCUGAGAAGCUCCACAAGUUGUACGCUUCUGAGAGCUCACCUAUCGAUGAGGUCACGAAUCAUCUGAAGCGCACCAUGAUCACGCCGCUUGCGCUCGACGCAGCAGACCAGCUCAGCGGCCCCAAUGCACUUAAGGUUCGGGCAUUCUCUUCAAGGAUGGAAGUCGAGAAAAAGCGAAAGAAACCUAGAGCCAACGAGCUCGCAAAGAUCGUGGCGCAAAGCUUCUUUUUCCCAAUGACUGGAGGUUGGUGGAUACAUGCAAAAUCAAUUGGGAGCGGUAAUACGUUUUAUUCCCCAAUUCUUCUUCCCGUCUUUCUUAAAACCCUGGCCAUCUUGCUUCAUGCGUCAGGCCCAUCAACACUGUCAUUGCCGCAAAUGACAACCGAGUAUUGGGACUUGCUGCUUUCCCUGCGUGCGUCCGCUCUCAAUGAUGUCGCAAUUUUGGAGGCGCUGCUGUUCUCGUUCCUGACGCUGCUAGACGUCAACGAGGACAAGCAAAGAUUAGUGCAAGAGCACGCGAAGGAGCUCCUAGAAACACACGAGUGGGUCAAGCUUGUUUUCGAAAGGACAAGUGGUGGAGAUGAUGAAGGGGAUCGGGUGAGAUCGUUGGCUGCGGGCGUGCUAGUGCGAUGCAGUGAAGUGGUGGAGAAGCACCAAAGGCUGUUAAUGGGGGAUAUGAUGGACUACUAGCCUACCGUUUAGGAUAUGUGGCCCGGAAUAUCUCAAAUGUAUUGGGUCUCGCGUGAGCCAAGGGGGAAUGAAUUUUCACACAGCUC